UUCUGUUUCAGGUUUUUAAAAUUGUCAAAUACAAUAUUACAGGAUAGUUUUAUUAUUGACAUUGGUAUGGCUGCGUUAGUACCAACUAUAAAGGAUACACAAUUUGUAAACUGGCUUAAAGGCGCCCUCGCUCUGCUUUUCACGAAACAAGGAUUGGACGAUUUUGUCAAUGGUGAAAUGAUACAGUUUCAGAAUGAUCUUUUAACAUCGAUAUUUCAAACCAAAGCUUUGCCUGCUGGAACCGUCUGUACCUUGUGUUCCAUAGAAAAUGUUCUACCCUGUCCAACACAAAACUUCUGCUCUAAAGGUCGAAAAUGUCACGUACACGACGUUAACAAUCCGAAGAAAAACCCUCAUCAACCUUGUAAGAAUAAACUCUGCCAAGAUAUUCGAGACGGAAUCAUAAGUGAACACAGGUAUAGCAGACCCGGGAAAGGGUAUGAUGGACCUUCCUGGAAGAACACCAAAGCUGAAAACUGGUGCACAGACGCCUUUGAAAUAGCUAAAUGUUUCAUGCCUCCAAACGGCUAUUCAGCGGUAACAACACUUGGUGAUACUGAUUUCAAUGGUACAUUGGCAGUAAUUAUCAACAACAAAACGCUUCCAAAACAAAAUGGCGGCUCCGUUAAACCAGUCAAACAAUGUCUGUUUACAGGCACGUGAUAUAGGUCGUAAGAUUCGACAUUCCGCAGAUUUGUCUGUGUCGGAUACGGACCUGGUUCAAUACAUUGACACAUUGAUAAACCUUCUGUCGGAUCAAAAAUAUUUGUCCACUGACCAAAAUGCACAACAGGCGGUGGUUAAAUUAAAAAACUUAAAAGCAAAUAAAUUAGCCAUAACAACGGAAGACAUAACAAAUGUGAUAGAUGAUGCAAUUCGGCAGAGUAUCAAAUCACAAGGCGACAUCGCCUUACAAGCUGUUAGUACAACAAGGGACGAAGCACUAGUAGAAAUAGAAGAUAAGAAAUGUAAAUCGCUGCAGCUCUUGAAAGAUAUUAAAUCUUCACUUGCCAACGUGCAAACAGUAACAGCUGAAAGUCUGGACAGAAUUAUAGCAGAGAAAUUAUCUGCUAUACAUAACAUCAAAAUAGUGGCAGAAAACGAGAAACGUGAACUUAAAUCAAUAGGUUCAUCUGAAAGAGCUCUGCUCCAAGAGGAACUGCAGAAGAACAGAGAUAGAAAACAACGAAGUGCUGGGCUGCCUAUUAUUGGGUAUUUUAGAAAAAGAGGUUUACGAAAAAGUAUAAAGAAAGACUUGAUCAGUUUCUACGAAGAAUGCUACAGUUACAUACCUGUCGCCCCUCUCGCUGAAGAUCAUGAUGCGCUACUGACUGACUUCUAUGUUGAGCCUCCACUGACAUCAGUUGACGUGCAAAGAAAGUUCAGAUCGAGGAAACAACUUUCUUCAAAGAUGCCAAUACAUUCGUACAGUGACCUGUUCAUUCGUAGAGAUGGCAAAAUGUACAAGCACAUUUACGUUACAGCGAAAGCCGGAGUUGGAAAAACAUCCUUUGCAAAAAAAGUAUGCAAGACCUGGUGCCAAGCUCACAGCCCUAACAAAGAAAUAAAGCAUAAGUUUAAGAAAGCCGAUUUAGAUGCGAUGAAGAAAUUUGAGUUUUUAUUCAUGAUUUCUUUACGAGAUGUAGAAACCUCUGAAUGCGAUCUAGAAAGCAUGAUUACUAGCAGCCUUCUUAAUUGUCUGAAAAGUCAUUCUCGGUAUUCAAGACUUGACAUAGAGGAUAUUCUAAAUGAAAAGACGUGCUUACUUCUUCUGGAUGGUCUGGAUGAAUGGGCCCACCCUACCAGCUGUGACAAAGGUUGCCGUGAUGUACACGCAAUACCACACAUACCUGCUCGCGAACAGUGCACAGUCAUGACGACAAUACGACCCUGGAAAUUUGAGGUUGUUAAACUAGGCACAAGUCAAAUUGACAGACAUGUAGAAAUCAAUGAGCUGAAUGAUUCUGCGUCAAAAGAGCUUAUAAGUAAUGCUGUUACUGUAUUAAAUACACAGACUCAAUCAAACUAGACUCAGACCGUUGAAGAGUUCGAAAGUGUGACGUCGACUUUGAAGCUCGAUAAAUUGCGAUAUAUCCCCUACAUCUUGUUGCAAAUCAUUUGCCUUUGGUUUGACGGAAAGUCAAUAGGAGGAACAAAAUGCGAAAUAUGUACUAACAUACUAACACUUACACUAACUCGGGGUCUGAAUAAGUUAGAAAACAAAAUUCCACUACCAAAGAGCACCUACGACAUUCCGCCUUGCCUGCAAUUGAGUGACAUCUGUAAAUUACAUUACAACGUACUAAUCGCUCUUGGUGAACUAGCGUUUACAAAAAUAUUUGGUUCGAAAGCGGAAAGUAGUCUUGUAUUUGAUAAGUCUGAAGUUAUUCGUAUUUUAUCGGAGGACACUCUCAGAUUUUGUUUAAAAAUAGGGAUUUUAUCACAAACUAAAGACGAUGGAUUAGUCUCAGAGAGAUGUAGCACUAUCUCAUUUCAACACAAAUCUAUCCACGAGUAUUUCGCAGCCCUUUAUAUACAGUCGCGCUUCGACAAUCAAUACAUUCAAGAGAGUAUUCGCAAAGAAUGUAACACACUGUCAGCUAUAUUGAAAAUGUCAAAUGUUUUCAUUUUUCUCGCCGGACUAAAUUCUAUUGCAUUUGGUCAUAUCGUUCAAAUAUUUAUGGACACUGUUUCUGCUUGUGGGGAUGUAAGGUAUUUCAGGAAUCACUAUAUGAAUAACCAAACGUAUUCACCAAGGUGGCUCGAAUACUGGGAAAUUAUGAAAUCCUGGCAGUGCAUGUUGACAGAUUCUGCACAAGAAAUUGUUAACAAUAACGGAGAAAGUAAUAUUCCUUUACAUAUCGAAGAUAUAAUUGUAGAUAGCACAAUAACACUAGACACGUGCAUUUUACUUAACAUCCUAACAGAGAACAAAAACGACAAGAUCAAAUCAAUGACUAUGACAGAAUGUCAGUCUACAGAAGAGUUUACAGAAAAACUUCAAGCACUUGAUUUUCAAGGUAUGCAUUCAUUGCACAAACUAGUCAUCGACGCUGUUCCUGAAGAACAAGAUCUUAAUCGUUUACUUUCUGGAUCAGUAGACACAUUAUCAUGUUUGGUUCUCAACUUUUCAGUGUUAAAGGACAAUUUGUUGUAUGCAGAAAUAACAGAAAUGUCGGCUAAAACAGUAGGCAUUCUGUUGCGCAUGGGUAAUUUAAAAACAAUAUUUCUGAACAAUAUACGUCUGUGACAUAUUGAUAUCAAACGUUUAUGUCAAUACCUGAACGCCAGACAAACAAUGAAAAACAUCAUGCUUGAAUACAUCGAAUGCAAAGAUCACGAUGAUCAGUGUGAAGGUUUCUGCCUCGAUCUGUCCCAACACCAGGGAAUUAUUGGACUUUGUUUAGAUAACGUACCCGUGUCUAUGCUGCAUGUUGACUCUUCCUCUUUGGAGUACUGUAAAGUAGGAAACUUACGACCAAAUGUUGUAUCAUCGUUACUUCAAUGUCUGCCUGAAGCAAGAAAUCUUAUCGAAGUAUCGUUCUCACAGUUUGAGCAUGAAAAGUCAGAUUCUAUUAUAAAAACACUGUCGAAGUUGAAAAUACUUGAAAGGGUUGCUAUACAAGACAUAAAUAUCGCUGAUACAGCACUCACACUGCCAACUCUAAUGACAAAUUUAGAGCUUGUUCACCUAAAUAGGGUUACUAUGACAAGUACUUCACUGCGAUGUCUUGUUAACAGUAUUGCCGUUCUGCCACAAAAAGUCACGAUUAACCUGUCUGCAUGUACCGUGAAACCUGACAAAGACUAUAGACAAUUGAAGAAACAGAUAAGUUCAUCUACAAAAUACCAACUGGUGUUUGAUGGAGUUACCGAAAGCAACAAAAAUCAGUUUCAGUUUUUCAAACUUAAAAGUGCGACAUAGUAUAAUCACAGUAUGUAAUAUUUACUGUUUGCUCCACUUUUUCCUUAUCACGGGUUUUUCCUUGAUUUAUCUUUCAAUGUAGGACAAUAUAACAAAUAAUAGACGUCAUUAUAAAAACAACGGAUACCAAGGGUGAUAUUAGAUUUAGAGUAUCUUAAUUAAAACAAAUAACUGGUUAAUUUCAGCCAUUUUUGACACCGAAACUAUUUUAACAUUUCAAUCGCGAGAUUGUUAGAUGAAUGAUUGUAAUAAAAUUUUCAGGAUGUCUCACAACAUUUUCAUAUAAGAAUUAAAUCUUUCGAAAAGGAAAUAACAUUGGCCAUACUUUUACACAAUGAAAAACCCAUUUUAACAUAUAACAAAAAAAUAAGAACCUGCUAUCCCUAAUAUCAUUCAUAGAAAUAGUUAGACUGAUGUGUAAUUUUUGAUUAGCCAUAAUGUACGGGAAACUCUGAUACAAAUUAGAGACUAUGACGCUUGUUACACUCAAGAAAGAAAAACGCAACAAUCCUUUAUGUCAUUUCACAAAAACACACCAUAUUAGAUCAGACUUAAUAAAUAAUAAAAAAACAUCUUAUUAAAAUAUUUGCAUACAAGCUGCAAAGAAGUAAUAUAUUUGUACUGAAUGGAUGUUACGCUUUUUCUUUUUUUCUAAUAUAUAGUGGAGGAGGAGCACGGGCGGCUCUGAGAGAUUUACGGAUGGUAGCUGGGUUAAAUAACAGGUCCGUGACAAGCCAGCUAGAUUGGCGACUGGCAUGAAAACGUUCGACAUUUCAAGAAAGACUUGAUCCCUCUACGGUGAUCGACAUGAUUCUUUAUCCUACAUUAUAUACAUACCCGACAUGAUUGUUUAUGCUACAUCAUAUACAUACCGACAUGGUUGUUUAUGCUACAUCCUGUAUGUACCCGACAUGAUUCUUUAUGCUACAUCAUAUACAUACAGGACAUGAUUUGUCUAUGUUACAUCAUAUACAUAACAGGCACGACUGUUUAUGCUACAUCAUAUACAUACACGACAUGAUUCUUUAUGCUACAUCAUACACAUACCCGACAUGAUUGUUUAUGCUACAUCAUAUACAUACCCGACAUGAUUGUUUAUGCUACAUCAUAUACAUACCCGACAUGAUUGUUUAUGCUACAUCAUAUACAUACCCGACAUGGUUAUUUAUGCUACAUCAUAAACAUACCCGACAUGAUUGUUUAAGCUACAUCAUAUACAUACCUGACAUGAUUCUUUAUGCUAUAUCAUAUACAAUCCCGACAUGAUUGUUUAUGCUACAUCCUAUACAUACUCGUCGUGAUUGCUUAUGCUACAUCUUAAACAUCACCGUAAUGAUUGUUUAUGCUAUAUCACAUACAAGCCGGACAUGAUUGUUGAUGCUACAUCAUAUACAUACCCGUAAUGAUUCUUUAUGCUAUAUCAUAUACACACCCAACAUGAUUCUUUAUGCUACAUUAUAUAUAUACCAGAAAUGAUUGUUUAUGCUACAUCAUAUACAUUACCGACAUGAUUGUUUAUGCUACAUCUUAUACAUACAAGACAUGAUUGUUUAUGCUACAUCAUACACAUAACCGACAUGUGUGUUUAUGAUGAUUAUGAUUGUUUAUGCUACAUCAUAUAAAAACCCGACAUGAUAUAACCUCAUCAUUUACAUAUUCGACAUGAUUGUUUAUGCCUCAUCAUUUACAUAUCCGUCAUGAUUGUUCAUGCUACAUCAUAUAAAUACCCGACAUGAUAUAGCCUCAUCAUUUACAUAUCCGACAUGAUUGUUUAUGCCUCAUCAUUUACAUAUCCGUCAUGCUUGUUCAUGCUACAUCAUAUAAAUACCCGACAUGAUUGUUUAUGCCUCAUCAUAUACAUACCCGACAUGAUUGUUUAUGCCUCAUCAUAUACAUAUCCGACAUGAUUGUUCAUGCUACAUCAUAUACAUACCCGGCAUGAUUGUUUAUGCCUCAUCAUAUACAUACCCGAUAUGAUUGUUUAUGCCUCAUCAUAUACAUACCCGACAUGAUUGUUUAUACCUCAUCAUAUCCAUACCCGACAUGAUUGUUUAUACCUCAUCAUAUACAUACCCGACAAGCUUUUUUAUGCCUCAUCAUAUACAUACCCGGCACGAUUGUUUAUACCUCAUCAUAUACAUACCCGACAUGAUUGCUUAUGCUACAUCAUAUACAUACCCAACAUGAUUGUUUAUGCUAAAUUAUAUACACAUCCGACAUGACUGUUUAUGCUACAUACUAUACAUACACGACACGAUUGCUUAUGCUACAUCAUAAACAUAUCCGACACGAUUGUUUAUGCUACAUCCUAUACAUAUCUGAUAUGAUUGCUUAAGCUACAUCAUAUACAUACCCGACAUGAUUAUUUAUGCUACAUCAUAUACAUAUCCGACAUGAUUGUUUAUGCUACAUACUAUACAUACUAGACACGAUUACUUAUGCUACAUCAUAUACAUACCUGGCAUGAUUGUUUAUGCUACAUCAUGUACAUAUCCGACAUGAAAUUUAUGCUACAUUCUAUACAAACGCGACGUGAUUCCUUAUACUACAUCAUAUAAAUACCCGACAUGAUUGCUUAUGCUACAUCAUAUACAUACCCAACAUGAUUGUUUAUGCUACAUUAUAUGCAUAUCCGACAUGACUGUUUAUGCUACAUACUUUACAUACACGACACGAUUGCUUAUGCUACAUCAUAAAAAUAUCCGACACGAUUGUUUAUGCUACAUCCUAUACAUAUCCGACAUGAUUGCUUAAGCUACAUUAUAUACAUAUCCGACAUGAUUGUUUAUGCUACAUCAUAUACAUAUCCGACAUGAUUUUUAUGCUACAUCCUAUACAUACUAGACACGAUUACUUAUGCUACAUCAUAAACAUACCUGGCAUGAUUGUUUAUGCUACAACAUGUACAUAUCCGACAUGAUUUUUAUGCUUCAUCCUAUACAAACGCGACAUGAUUCUUUAUACUACAUCAUAUAAAUACCCGACAUGAUUGCUUAUGCUACAUCAUCAACAUACCAAGCAUGAUUGUUUAUGCUACAUCAUAUACAUACCCGACAUGAUUGUUUAUGCUACACUAUGAUUAUCAUGAUAAAAUCAGGAGUAUAUUCGGCAUAAUUCUUGUGCACAAUUAGGAAUAUAGCAUGAUUCUGCAUGCAACUUUAUGAUCAUAAUUUACAUAAUUCGUCAAUCUGCAUGAUGUGCACAAUCUACAAAAUUAAUUUUUAAACCUAAUUUGCAUUUCCAGCUAUAUACAAUUGCUAUUCCGCAUCAGUCAAAAAUUCUUUAUGGUAGCAAUAUUAUUCUGCUUGAUUUAUUUAUUUUGGAACGUUGUAUUUUUGGCAUUUUGUCGUCUUUAUAUAUUUAGGUUAUGAUAAGAUAAAUAUCACAUUCAUUUGAAUAUGUUAGCCUGCCAGAUAUUUUGAACAUUUGAAAAAUAAUUUCAACCUCGGCUAUCAUCUCGCUUGACGUUAUAUUGCUCUGUUUCACAAUUUCUAUUAACUCACUUAAAUACAUGUGAUGUAUAAAUAAUGUUAGAUUAUGAGCAUAACAUAAAAAAUAUUUGUCAGGCUGCAUCAUAAGCUUGAUCAACAUGAAGCAUACUUUACAUUAAUUUUGAGCACAAUCGGUAAGAGUGUUUUCCUUGAGUUUCCGUACAAACGACAUUAUAUUUCCACUACCUUAUGCGAAUAAUAAACUUGAAAAUUCAUACGACGUUUUGAGCAUAAUCGACAUGAUUCGUAUUUACUUUGGGCAUAAUCAACUUCAUGAAUCACACUACAUUAUGAGCUCAAUCGAUAUGAUAAUUCAUGCUAUAUUAAAAGCAUAAUCAACAUGAUAGUUCAUACGACAUUAUGAUCAUAAUCGACAUGAUAAUUCAUUCGUCAUUAUAAACACAAUUGACAUGAUAAUUCAUGCUAAAGUAUAAACAUUAUCGGCAUGGUUAUUCAUAAAAUAUUAUGAGCAUUAUCGACAUCAUAAUUUAUACCACAUUAUGAUCAUGAUUUACAUUAUUUUUCAUGCUUUUUCAUGGAUACUUAUCAACUUUCACUCCUCGAUAUAGUUCUCUAUUAAUGUCGACAUUAUUUAUAUUAGUGAUUGACUGCUAGAAAAUAUCGUUCCAUUAGCACAGUUCUAGCUUCAAGAUUAAAAUUGUAAGAGAUAUUUCCUUCGUACGGUUUUAAUGUUUCAAUGUUAAAUGCGAUAAAAUAAAGAUAUGAUAUUUUCCAUCAUGUCUAAUUAAUUUGCAUUUGCACACAUUUUUAAAAUGAUACAAAGUAUACACAUCUUGCUGCUUUGAGCGGCAUUGCAUUCUUUCCAAAAGAAAUCAGAUUUCAUACAAAGCCGUUAGAGGUCGUUUCAUCAUUCAUUUUAACAAGAGUUUUUU